AUGGCGACUCAAAUUGUUUAUCGUCUAGUGUUGCGUGGUGGCUUCGACGGCCUUCAGCCAAUUCAAGAACCCGUACCUCAUGCUGGAAAGUAUGAGAUACUUGUCAGAUUCCGCAGCGCCGCCCUCAACUUUCGGGAUAUUGCUAUUGCGAAGGAUACAUUUCCACUCCCAGUCAAGGAGAAUGUUGUUCCCUGCUCCGACAUGUCUGGCGAGGUCGUACAACUCAGCGAAGAAGUCAGAAACUUUUCAAUUGGUGACCGUGUCAUCGCCCCAGUCAGUUUAGUUGUACUAUAUGGCCCGGUCAAAGAUGAGGAUAACAGUCUGGGAGGCUCGGUAGAUGGUGUUCUUCGACAAUAUCUUGUGCUGCCAGCGCAUGCCACGGUCAAGCUACCACAGUCUUCCCACAGCUUUUCUGAGUGGGCGGCUUCUGUGACUACUGCGUACACGGUGUGGAAUGCUUUCUAUGGGUGUUUGUCCCUAAAACCUGGCCAAACAGUGUUAUUGCUUGACUCAACCCCUAUUCUGAUAUUCGCGGCAGGAACUGGCGGCGUCUCACUCACGGGUCUUAUCUUCGCAAAAGCGGCAGGCGCAACCGCGAUUAUCACCUCAUCAAGUGACGAGAAACUCGAUUAUGUCAAAAAGAAGUAUGGCGUUGAUCACACAAUUAACUAUAAAACGCGCCCUCAGUGGGCCAUGGAAGUAAAUCGAAUUACUCAUGGGGAAGGGGUUGACAACGUCCUAGAGGUAGGCGAAGUAGGAACAGUUGAGCAGAGUAUCGAUUCAGUAGCCUGGGGUGGCGUCACAUCUGUGAUUGGGUUCUUGAGCUCGUUGGAUGAUGAGAAGAUGCCGAAUGGGGCUUUCCAGACACUAGCAAAGGGUGCAAUACUCCGGGUAUCUUGGCAGGGUCCAAACAGCAGCUUGAGGACGCUGUCAAGUUUAUUGGAACACAGAAUCUCUCGGUACCAGUGGAAAAGACAUUCCCCUUCAACUAGGAGGGAGUAG